UUGGCGUUUCUUAAAAAUUAGCAAAAAUAAUAAUCCACAACUCCUGCUAUUAACUUGUUAUUAAGACAUUCCUCUUAAUCACAAAAUACCAACAAUAUAAACCAAAAAAUCAUCAAACAUGUGUACUCUGGUGAGGUCCAUGCUUAGUGACACCGGUACAAGCUUAGUGACACCGGUACAAGCUUAGUGACACUGGUACAAGCUUAGGGACAACUGGUACCUCUGCUUCCCUGGUAAUCUGAAGGGUGAUGAUGGCAACUGUCCAAGCCUUCACUCACACUCAGAGGGUCAGAGUCCUGUACAAGACUAUUCUCAAGCUUCACCGUGGCUUACCUCUUGAGUUGAAGGCUCUAGGUGAUCAAUACAUUCGUGAUGAGUUUCAGCGCCACAAGGAAGCAGCACCAGAACAAGCUCAAGCCUUCAUGGUAGAAUGGACAAAUUAUGCCGUUACCAUGGCCAAGCAACUGGGAAUUCGAGGCACUCACACCGCCAAGACUAUUGGCAAACCUUUAAAGGAAGGGGAGUUAGACAACUUUACUGGUGAACAGAUUUAUCAAUUAUUUGAACUACAUGAAGCAGCAACAAAGCCAGAAGCUGAUGUGACAAACAGCAUGAGCGACAAAUAACACAAAUAAUGUUAAGUAAAAUUACUCUUCUCAGUAAUAUUUUAUAGGCACUGUACUCAUGAAAACAGUCGAGAUAAUCUUUCUGCAACAAACAGUUUGCUUGCACAGCUUAAAGGUAUUAUUUGAUGAUGCUGUCAUGUCCUGCAGAUGAGCUUGGCUUUCAUCUUAUAAAUGAUCACCAAACACAAUCAUACUUUUAACUCUUUGGUGGCAAAGACUUGAACAUUUUUGGUGACUGACCAGGUGAUGGAUUUUCAGGAUUGUCAAAAAAAAUCUGAAAGAAUACUUGAUCAGAAACUAGCCAUGUGGUUGUUGCUUUAAGGUUAGCUAAGGGCAAUGGUCCUCACCUUGUACCUUUCUCCAUUCUUUUAGCUUCAGACUUUUAUUCUUCUUUUAGAAUAUUUAAAGUUUAAAAUCUUUGCUCCUUGCAGUACAGUAUAAUCACCCAUCUUAUUGAGGUUCAUUUUUUACCACUUAUUUAUUUAUUUAUUUAUUGGGAAAAAUGUAUUUGAUGUGAGAGGACACAACUUAAUUCUGUUUUGAAUGAUGAUUACUCACAGUAUAUUAUACUUGCUGGCCAGGGAUCCACAUACAGUGCAAGCCCAAAUCAUGGCUAAUGGUUCAGUAAUGGGCAGAAAAAACAAAAUGCAACAAUUGUGUAGGUCAUUCUAGAAGGUUCUAAUCAUCCAUAAAGGGUUAAAUAGAAGUAAUCUUUUAAGAAGAGUUAUAAAAAUAUCAGGAUGAUCUCUAUCUACAACAACUGGUUUGCCUACAUAGUUGACAAGAAGAUACCAACUUAAAGGUUAUGCUGUCAUGUCCCGAGAUUAGCUGAUCCUUCAUGUUAUAAAUGAUUACCAUACACAUUCAUUGUUUUAAACUUGUCAAGGAUGACAUUUUAAGGCGGCUUCACACUGGCAUUCUUUCGUCAAUUUUUUUUUGUCAACUUUCAGAAAAUCGUCAAACUUUUUGUUGUUCACCUUCACACUCGUUAAGAACCAACUCGCCAGUUUCCCUCAUUCAACAACUGUCAACAAACAAGAUGGCUCCAACUGAUGAAGAAAGCUCAGUAAUUCUACACCUUUUUUUGGUGUAUGAAGAGUCCUGGUGAUCCCAGAGACAGCAGCACUGCCUCACCUGGUCCACCAAGAACUCCUCUGAGAGCCGUGCCCUUACUUGGGAAAUUAUUUUAUCUGUUGGCUCCGUCAUGUUGUUAUUCCCGCGUGGUCAAAAUGUAAACAACAAAUGCCAUUUUUUUACCUUUUUAAAGUCACAAAAUUAAACAUAUUAAUGAGUCAUCUUGGGAAGAAGAGUAAUAAAUACUUCUUUAGCUUUAUAUUUUAAGUAAAAAUUAUUUUGUUUUUAUAACUCUAUUUGUAGUGUCAAUUAUAGAUCUUGUGGACUCCGGUAAGUUGUUGUACGAGUCGUCAGUGUAGACGGUCUGUACCAUCUGACAAACAGCCAACGACAACAUCGACGAUUCCUGAUAAAAGUUGACAGCAAUGAAAAAGUUGACAAUAGAAAUACUACUGUGAUGCUGCCUUUAAUCACCUCAUAAACUUCUUAAGUGCUGUCCACUCAAGGGUAGUUAGUCUUGGCGGUUAUACAGUUGUGUGUAUUAGAAGCAGGGAUGUUAAUGGGGGUGUACACCAUGUACUUCUAACAAACCUAUGUUCAGUGUUACUUAAAGUGCAGAGUGAAUUGCACUUUAGUUUAAAAAUCAUUGGCAAUUUAUUUUUGAUUGCUGGGGUCUUUUUAUUAUUGUAUUAUGAUUAUAAAUUUUUUCUAAUAAUUUUCUUUUAUCAUACUUUAACAUGUAUGCUCUCUUGCCCCUGCAUCAGCCUCCAGGUGUACAGGUACCUAGCUCCUACAACCCAUAUCCAUCACUGGUUACAAGUUAAUGUCUUAUUUAGCAUGGACUGUCAAAAGGACAUCUCAUAUAAAUAAUAACAGACAGGCAUUCAACAACUUUGAAAAUUCUUGACCAAAUUAUACCAUUCUUAUUUGAUUUUGUAAAUACUGUACAUAAUGUUGUAUGUAGUGAUAAAUAAUGAUAUCAUGCCAUUUAACUAUCUCAUUAUGUAUCAAUAGUAAUGUAGUUGAGGCACUGUGUUCAUCCAUUAUAUAUGAAGAUUUAUAUUGAUCUUAUUAUACCUAAAGUGAUCAUUGGUCCUGGUUAUGUACAGUACAGUAUGGGCAGUCAUUCUUUCUUGUCCUGUUGUUCAUCUUUUAAUUAAUAUGUCAUUUGAAAAUUAAAUUGAUAAUUAUAAUAAAA